AGCUGAAAGAGGGGGGAAAGUUCUAAAAGAUAUUCGUGAAAAAAGUGACUUACAGGCGUAGCAAAGGACAAACACUAGAAGGUGCAAAUGAUCCAUUAACUGCUGGAGAUAUGGAAUCACAUAAAGUGAUUGUUCAUGGUUUUCGGCAUCUCUUUCCAUUAGUUACAGUGGUCUCUGAGGAACAUGAUCAUGGAGAUAAGAUGAAUAUUGCAGCUGACUUCAAAACAUCUGAUAUAAAAACUCUUGAUGAAGAGCUUCAUGGCAGUGAACAUGAAUUGGUUUAUGCGGAUGAUGUGCUGAUUUGGGUUGACCCACUUGAUGCUAAAGAAUAUACUGAAAAUUUAAUUGAAUAUGUUACAACAAUGGUUUGCAUUGUUAUUAAAGGUGUUCCUGUAGCUGGAGUCAUCCAUCAACCAUUUCUGAAGAAGACAUUUUGGUCGUGGACCAAUCAUGGUCAUUCCAAAGAUCUUUCUAAACCAUUAAAAAAUGAGGAAAGUUUAAAAUUUCCCAGAAUUAUUGUGUCCAGAUCUCAUGCUGGUACAGUAAAUGAGACUGCAAAAUCUGCAUUUGGUGGCGAUGCAGUUAUUAUUCCUGCUGGUGGAGCAGGUUUUAAAGUUUUAUCUUUAUUUAACAAUUUUGCUGAUGCAUAUGUUCACAAAACACUGAUAAAAAGAUGGGAUAUCUGUGCUGGCGAUGCUCUACUUCGCUCUUUUGGAGGUAAAAUGACAUCUCUUAAUGGCAAAGAAAUAACAUAUGGAAAGAAGUUUGAAGUAAAGAAUGAAGGUGGUCUUCUAGCAACAUUAAAUUACCAUGAACACUUCCUUGAAAAGUUAUCAGGCUUGGUAAAAACUGCAAAUAUCCAAUAGGUGAAAUAGUGUGAUUACAGGUUGGACAUUUUGUUUUCUAUCAACUUUCAAUGUUCAUCAUUUUUAAAUUCCAAUGAAGUACUACGUAUACAUUGGUUUAGCUGCAUUGCUUACUUGAAUGACAGAAACCAAUCCCAAAAUAGUUUUAAUGCUUUAUAUUCACGUAAGUCAACCAAUAUAUUACAUAGUUGACAAAAUAAAACAUUUUCUAAAAAAGACGUCAUGUAGACUCAAAUUUAAGUUAUAACCAAGAAGGUUUGAAUUGUAAUAAUUCGGUUUAUUUCAAAACCAUAUCAAAGGACAACUGCAACAAUAUCAAAGCACCAGGAUAGAAGUUUGAUGAUGAUACUUUUAUUAUUAAGAGAUGGCUUGUUCUUGGAAAUCAAAAAGCUUUCAUGUAUCUUCGGACGUCUACACAGGAUAGCAAUCAUUAACCCCAAAGAAAAAGUCUAAUCCUAUCUCAGAAAAUCAAUAAACAGCUUUAGUCGAAUAGCUCACACAUUGCUAUCCAAUACGGGCUAUCGAAGAUACAAAUAAUCGUAUUUUGAACUAACAGGUUUAAUCUUGUAUUAGCAAAUAAUUUUAACGAAAUUGUUUCCCAUUUCCUUUAGCUUAUGUAUGGUUUGGGAUUCUUUCGUGAUUCUUUGUAUACAAUUUUUUUUAUUAAACAGUGAGCACAAAACAUAUUUUUGAAUAUGUAAUAAGUUUUUGUAAAUAGUAUAAUCUACAUAAUAAUACUUGAAAUUUUGAA